CUGUAGCUCCCGAUGGAGUUUGAGGCAGUGAAACCGCCGCCGAGCUCUGCCGCGGCGAGACGAGGCGCCUCCAUCGCCGAGCCGCGCCGUCGCGGGGCUCCCGGGAGCGGCCCUUAGCGACCCCGCCCGGGCCCCCUCAGCUUACAAAACACUACACAGCAAAAUAAUGAUCUGCUAGACUGCUAACCCGAGCAUCCAGCUUCCACAAUGCCUGUGCAGGCAGCUCAGUGGACAGAAUUUCUGUCCUGUCCAAUCUGCUAUAAUGAAUUUGAUGAGAAUGUGCACAAACCCAUCAGUUUAGGUUGUUCACACACUGUUUGCAAGACCUGCCUAAAUAAACUUCACCGAAAAGCUUGUCCUUUUGACCAGACUGCCAUCAACACAGACAUUGACGUGCUUCCUGUCAACUUUGCACUUCUCCAGUUAGUUGGAGCCCAGGUACCAGAUCAUCAGUCAAUAAAGUUAAGUAGUCUAGGUGAAAAUAAACACUAUGAAGUUGCAAAGAAAUGUGUUGAGGAUUUGGCCCUCUACUUAAAACCGCUAAGUGGAGGUAAAGGCGUGGCUAGUUUGAACCAGAGUGCACUGAGCCGUCCAAUGCAAAGGAAAUUGGUGACACUUGUAAACUGUCAGCUGGUGGAGGAAGAAGGUCGAGUCAGAGCCAUGCGAGCAGCCCGUUCACUUGGAGAAAGAACUGUAACAGAACUGAUACUACAGCACCAGAAUCCUCAGCAGUUAUCUGCCAAUCUGUGGGCUGCUGUCAGGGCUCGAGGAUGCCAGUUUCUAGGGCCAGCUAUGCAAGAAGAGGCCUUGAAGCUCGUGUUGCUGGCAUUAGAAGAUGGUUCUGCUCUCUCACGGAAAGUUCUGGUACUUUUUGUUGUGCAAAGACUAGAACCAAGAUUUCCUCAGGCAUCAAAAACAAGUAUUGGUCAUGUUGUGCAACUACUGUAUCGAGCUUCGUGUUUUAAGGUUACCAAAAGGGACGAAGACUCUUCCCUGAUGCAGCUAAAGGAGGAAUUUCGGAGUUACGAGGCACUACGCAGAGAACAUGAUGCCCAAAUUGUUCAUAUUGCUAUGGAAGCAGGACUCCGUAUUUCACCUGAGCAGUGGUCUUCACUCUUAUAUGGUGACUUGGCUCAUAAAUCACACAUGCAGUCUAUCAUUGAUAAGCUGCAGUCUCCAGAAUCAUUUGCAAAGAGUGUCCAGGAAUUGACAAUUGUUUUGCAACGAACAGGUGACCCAGCUAACUUAAAUAGACUGAGGCCUCAUUUAGAGCUGCUUGCAAACAUAGACCCUAAUCCAGAUGCUGUUUCACCAACUUGGGAGCAGCUAGAGAAUGCAAUGGUGGCUGUUAAAACAGUGGUGCAUGGCCUCGUGGACUUCAUACAAAAUUAUAGUAGAAAAGGCCAUGAGACACCUCAGCCUCAGCCAAAUAGCAAAUACAAAACUAGCAUGUGCCGAGAUUUGCGACAGCAAGGAGGGUGUCCACGAGGAACAAAUUGUACCUUUGCCCAUUCUCAGGAAGAGCUUGAAAAGUAUCGAUUAAGGAACAAAAAGAUCAAUGCAACUGUAAGAACGUUUCCUCUUCUAAAUAAAGUUGGUGUAAACAACACUGUCACAACCACAGCCGGAAAUGUCAUUUCUGUCAUAGGAAGUACUGAAACAACGGGGAAAAUUGUUCCAAGUACAAAUGGAAUUUCAAAUUCAGAAAACAGUGUUUCCCAGCUAAUUCCACGUAGUACUGACAGUACAUUAAGAGCUCUGGAGACUGUGAAGAAAGUGGGGAAAGUUGGCACUAAUGGUCAAAAUGCUUCUGGGCCCUCUGCAGAGUCUGUAACUGAAAAUAAAAUUGGUUCUCCACCCAAGACUCCUGUAAGUAACAUAGCUGCUACCUCAGCUGGGCCCUCUAAUGUUGGAACAGAACUGAAUUCUGUGCCUCCAAAAUCCAGCCCAUUUCUAACUAGAGUACCAGUAUAUCCUCAGCAUUCAGAAAACAUUCAGUAUUUUCAAGAUCCAAGGACUCAAUUGCCCUUUGAAAUUCCACAGUAUCCACAGACAGGAUACUACCCACCACCUCCAACGGUACCAGCUGGUGUGGCUCCCUGUGUUCCUCGCUUUGUGAGGUCCAAUAAUGUUCCAGAGUCCUCUCUCCCACCUGCUUCCAUGCCAUAUGCUGAUCAUUACAGUACAUUUUCCCCUCGAGAUCGAAUGAAUUCUUCUCCUUACCAACCUCCUCCUCCGCAGCAGUAUGGACCAGUUCCCCCAGUACCUUCUGGAAUGUAUGCUCCUGUGUACGACAGCAGGCGCAUCUGGCGCCCACCCAUGUAUCAACGAGAUGACAUUAUUAGAAGCAAUUCUUUACCUCCAAUGGAUGUGAUGCAUUCAUCUGUCUAUCAGACGUCUUUGCGGGAAAGAUAUAACUCAUUAGAUGGAUAUUAUUCAGUGGCUUGUCAGCCACCAAGUGAACCAAGGACGACUGUGCCUUUACCAAGGGAACCUUGUGGUCAUUUGAAGACCAGCUGCGAGGAACAGAUAAGAAGGAAGCCAGACCAGUGGGCACAGUACCACACUCAGAAAGCACCUGUCUCUUCAACUCUCCCUGUGGCAACACAGUCUCCAACACCACCUUCUCCUCUAUUUAGUGUAGACUUCCGUUCAGAUUUCUCUGAGAGUAUGAGUGGUACAAAAUUUGAAGAAGAUCAUCUUUCCCAUUAUUCUCCCUGGUCUUGUGGCACCAUAGGCUCCUGUAUAAAUGCCAUCGAUUCAGAGCCCAAAGAUGUAAUCGCUAAUUCAAAUGCUGUGUUAAUGGAUCUGGACAGUGGAGAUGUUAAGAGAAGAGUGCAUUUAUUUGAAACUCAAAGGAGGACAAAAGAAGAAGACCCAAUAAUUCCCUUUAGCGAUGGACCCAUCAUCUCAAAAUGGGGUGCAAUUUCCCGAUCUUCUCGUACAGGUUACCAUACUACGGAUCCUGUCCAGGCCACUGCUUCCCAAGGAAGUGCAACUAAGCCCAUCAGUGUAUCAGAUUAUGUCCCAUAUGUUAAUGCUGUUGAUUCAAGGUGGAGUUCGUAUGGCAGUGAGGCCACAUCAUCAGCACACUAUAUUGAACGUGACAGAUUCAUUGUUACUGAUCUGUCUGGUCAUAGAAAGCAUUCCAGUACUGGAGACCUUUUGAGCAUUGAACUUCAGCAGGCCAAGAGUAACUCAUUACUUCUACAGAGGGAGGCAAAUGCUCUAGCCAUGCAACAGAAGUGGAAUUCCCUGGAUGAAGGCCGUCACCUUACCUUAAAUCUUCUAAGUAAGGAAAUUGAACUGAGAAAUGGAGAGAGUGAUUACACAGAAGAUGCAGCAGAUACUAAGCCUGAUAGAGAUAUUGAGUUAGAGCUUUCAGCACUUGAUACUGAUGAACCUGAUGGACAAAGUGAACAAAUUGAAGAGAUCUUGGACAUACAACUUGGUAUUAGCGCUCAAAACGAGCAGUUACUAAAUGGAUCUGCAGUGGAAAAUGGGCAUCCAGCUCAACAGCAUCAGAAAGAGCCAUUAAAACAACAGAGACAGAGUUUAGGUGAAGACCAUGUGAUUCUGGAGGAGCAAAAACCAAUUCUACCGGUAACUUCUUGCUUUAGUCAGUCACUCCCUGUGUCUGUGAGCAAUUCAAGUUGCCUCCCCAUCACCACGUCUGUCAGUGUUGGCAACCUCAUUCUGAAAACUCAUGUUAUGUCUGAAGAUAAAAAUGACUUUUUAAAACCUGUUGCAAAUGGGAAGAUGGUUAACAGCUGAAAAGAGAUUCAUCUUUCAAAUUUGUGACCACACCAUGGAAGCAUUUACACUAGCUUUUUAUAUAUAUAAUAUAUAUUAUAUAAUGUAUAUUUUUUUUAAAAAAAGAUAUUACGGGGGGCAUCCAUUUCCUGUGGACUCUUUGAUACUUCGAGCCCUCUUGCAUUAGCAUUAUGAAAAAAAAAGAUUUACUUUACUAGGGUAACAUGUUCACUUUCCAGAAGUGAUUGGAAUUUGGACAACAUUUAACUUAAGCUUCAAGCAGCUUUUUAUGAGUUUGUAGCAAUCCGGUGCAGUAACUGAGCCAUUUCCUAUUUUAAAUGGCUUCUAUAGAAAAUUAACAACUCAGUUAUUAAACUAGCAGGAUCCUACAAUGAUACAUCUAGUGAAAGUAGACUUAAUUAACUUAUUUAUUUCUAUUUUAUGUUUCACUGAGAGAAAUUUCCAUCUCAUUCCAGCUGCUUUAUUUAUCAUUUUCAUGGGACUUUGCAUGGAUUUUUUCUUUCUUUCUUUUUUUUUUUUUUUAAAUUUUGAAGAGUGGAGUUAGAUAUUCUUACCAUAGAGUUUUACAGGGUUGUUAUAUACUAGCUUUCUUUACUGCAUUAUAUGUAGGAGUGUGGUGCAGUGCUUUUAUCUGUAGCAUUUACGUUUUUUUUUUUUUUUUUUUACAUUUUUCAAGAAUAGUUUCUGCUUUGUUAAUAUUUAUACACAGGCUACUUGUUGAAGUAAUUAAUUAAAAAUAUAACCAAGUGCCUAAGUCUUUCAGCUGAUGUACUAGAUAUUAAAUUCUCCUAAGUUAUGCAGAAUCGUUUUUACAAUUUUGAUAAAUUAUGCACUAAUGUAAUGGCAGUUUUUUAAAAAAUGCAGAUUUAAGCCUGUACAUUAUAGAAUCUGAUGACUUGGCAAAAGAAUCAGGUGCUUUCAGCUUUCUUGAGAAAACCCUGUAUGUAGCGUUUGCACUGACUAACAAGAUGGUAUUGCUGGGUUUUUAAUUUAAACUAAUUAAUUUGGAUGUGGAUGUUCAUUGCAUUAUCUUGGUUAACUAUUGUUUAUUGUUACUUCAUGUUGGGGUUUAAUUUUCCUUGUUUUCUGACUGGUAGGUUGAUAAGACUAUGAACCAUGUUAUAGUGGAACAUUGGCUAACAUUUACUCAUAUUUUAGAACAUGAAUAGUACCUGCCCUGGCAUAAUGUGACUGAAAUUGUUUUACUUGGCAUCUAAAAGUAUGCAGUAUGUUCAACCAGCCAUGCCCCAGAUUUGUGGGAGAAAUUUUAUUGGAACCGAAAUUUCAGUCAACAUUUAAAAACAAAAGCUGGGCAUUUUUUUCCAGGUGACCUUACCUAUAGUUAGUCUUUUUGUUUUUCUUCCAUUUCUUUAAGAUUAGUUUGACUUUUAUUAUUUUUUUAAUUAACUUCUGUGAAGUUGUUUACUCUGAAAAUUGUACUGGAAUAUUUUAAGCCAAGCUGAUCUUUCACCAGGUGUACUGUAUGUAAGGGCUUUUCCUGCUAGCAAGAUGCUUAAACAGGAUCAUGUUAUUGGUCGUCUGAGCUAUUUAGUUAUUUUACAAAACCACAGCAUUGUAUCAGAUAAGAUUUUGAUAAAAGUUUUGUGCACAUUUCCAGGGGCGGGAGGGUUGACAUUUCCCUGAAAUUUCUUGAUCAGAAGGCGUAAAUACUGGUGUUUGAUACCUGUCUUAAUGAACAUGCUCAUAAGGUGACUGAUAAGUUGUAAAUAUACCUGAGAAACAAAGGGGUAGUUUUGAUAUUCUGGUGUCAGUAUGGAAGAUCUUACACAUUUAUUUAAUACUCAAAUGUAUGAAGAUGUUUGUUUGUAGCAUAACAGCACAGUAGCCUUGACUUAGUUUUCUUUGGUUAGUACUGUACCUUUUUGCCAUGGCCAGUGCGCCUCAUCCUACAAAGGACAUUUUAUUUAUUUCACUCUGUAACCUGAAGUGAAUAGGAACAAGAGUUUUAAACCAUGUUACAUUAACUUAUUUCUGACAUUAUAAAUUAGCCUAGGAUAUUACAGGAACAUGAUUGUUAUAUAAUUUAUAUCAGAACCUUUCUAUAAAUAUGUACUUACUACAUUUUGAAUGCUUCCAAUGUACUUUAUUUGCUGUUUGUAAUUCCAAAAAGGAUAUGCAAACCAGUCUGUCUAUUUCAUGGAUAUUUAAUAGUGAGAUCUUCCAUGUUGAAGGUAAUGUAUUUUUUUUUAAGAUUUUAAAAUUGCUAUUUUGUUACAAAAUAGAGACCUAUUAACAGUUCGAGAGCUCCUUAUGUGCCCUCAGGGAAAGAACCCUCUGUGCAACAGAACUACACAAAACAUCUUCAGCACGUUCUGAGGGUGAAUAUAUACUACAUAAAUUGAUCUUGUGUAUUUAACCUUAUCUUUUUAAUUUUAAAAUUGAAAUUUUGAAACUUGGUUGUGCUCUGCUGGAGGGGGUUGGGAAAAACUGCUUAGGUGUUUGCCUACUUGUCCAGUAAAUUACAUUUGCAUCAGUGUAUGUAUAUACCUGCCAACCUUAUUGAUAUGUCUCAGAAUAUUUAUAUUAAAAUAAUGCUUGUCUUGCAGCAGGUGAUCCCAUUAAAUAGUAACUCCCUAUUCUUACAAAAUCCCACUCUUUUUCACUAACAACAUAGGAACUGAUUCUGUGUUGACAUUACUCUGUAUUGCAUCUUUCUCUGUGGUGGCCACCUAUUGUCUGUCAUGGUGGGUGUUAAUGUGAAAUAAAACUAUUGGUUCUCUCUGCCACUUCAGAAGAAAGGCUAGUUCGUCUGAUCCUUCUUCAAAGUGGUGUCUACUGAUGUCAUAGAGGUAAAUCAUACAAAUCAGACCUAGAAAGUGGCUUCUUAACAUUGGGGCAGUUAUCAUUUUACCUUUUCACCAACACAUUGUGAUGUAAACAAUUGAAAUCAAAGGCUACAUAGCAAAAAGAGAGGAAAUUUGUAAUGCUAGUAAUGAAAAUUGCAUAUGUUGCCAGUGGUCUAAUCAGGAAAAUGCUGUCUGAGAUUUGGAAAUCCGGAGAGGUUUUUUUUUUUAAGUCCCAUUCCUAGGACCAUCUGCCUUGCUUAGAUGCUAUGGAUAUAGUAUCUAUGGUUUGUUUUUGUUUUUGUUUUGUGAUCUCAUUGCAUUUUAUGAAUUCUGAGAAAGUUAGAUACAUACAUCUUCUGGUUGAUACGAGAACAAAUGAGAUUCCUUUGCCUUUGCUGACAUGAGUACUUUCAGUGCCAUACAAUGAACCAGUAUCAUACAUGAAAAGUUGUGCAUUAUAAUUUUCAAGAGAAAGAAGUUCAUUUUGAUGAGUUACUGAUUACACACACACACACACACACACACACUCCCUAUCCUGGUGGCUAAUAAGAGAAUAGUAAAUGAAACCUCUCAUUCUAGCACUGAAAUUUCCAUUUGUAUAGAUCUAGUUACUUUCACUCAAAUUUCAAGUCAAUGUGAAGUAUAUAAAGUACAUCCCAAUUUUGUAUACUGCCUUGAGAAAAUUAAAAAAUGCACAGUGAUUUGAGGAAUUUUUAAUGGGAUCCCUUAAACAUUAGAAAAAUGGCUUUAAAACCAUCUACCUUUUACAUUUUAGAUUCUAAAGCUCAUUUUUUCUCAUUAAUGGGCAGGUUUUGUGAUUUAGUAUGCAAAUUCAAAGUUGAGUAUUUCUUCUCUAGCUUUUUGAGAUCUUUUCUGAGCAGACCCUCACCAAUACUGGCAACUAAUCAUUAAAGGGAAAAGUUAAAUUCCAACUGUGCUGAAAGAACUUUCCUUGUGUUUAGUGAAUGAAGAGUGUUGAUGGGAUCACUUACUGUAACUCCUUCUUUGUAAGGACCCCUUCUGCAAGCAGAACACAAAUGAACAUGCUCUAGGAGUAUAUCAUUUUCUGGGUAAAUUGAAAAAGUUUGCUAGUAAACUCCUUGGUACUAGCAGUUUCUUUGUAUCCCUUUGCUGGCAAGGGAGUACAAGGAGUCAAGACCACAGAUCAGAAAACCCCACAUUUGAGUGGAGACUUAUUUUUACUCCAAGAGCAGUUAUUCCCCCAAGUCUAAAACUGGCAGUCUUGUGUUUUGUUUUGUUUUUUUUACAUAAAAUUUUUAAAAUAUCCCCAAACCAGUGGAAAACAGACACUGGCUGCACUUAGUACUGCCAAAAGCCAAGGUCAUUUGCACAUAUUCCAUCAAUCUAUGAAGAAUUAGGCCUCACUCUGUAACCCAAGGCAUGGAAGUGCAUGCAUCCUCUUCGCUGGGCAAACGGUUAUACUGUAGUUGUGAUACAACACAUGUGGCUUCUAUUUGUACUGCACAUAUCCACUGUACAGCCACUUGGGAGUAUCGUGGUUAGCUUGCAGCAACUGCUGUCCGCAUUUAUACUGUUUAUUGCAUAUUCUUUUCCCUGGAAGUGAAAGAGAAAUGUUCUUCUUGUUGCAUUGAUUACACUUUAUAAAUUUGCUUAGCUGGAAAGUUUGGGAAAAGAGGCCUGUUUGUCAAUUGUACAACCGAUUGUGAAGCUCUAGUGUGAAUAUUUUUACGUCUGUAUUAGACAUUUUCUUUGCAAAUCUAUUGUUCGAUUGAAAUGUAAAUGAAAUUAAAGAUGGUGUACACCCAUCAUGUAAAAAGCAGGCACCAUCUCUAAGAUGGAUUUAAUGCUCAUUUUUAAGGCAUAUACUCAGCUUCUAUUUAAAACUAUAAUUUAAAAUAAUUCUGUACAAUGAAGUGGGGAAUAUAUAUGGGAAUAAAUUCUAUUCCAUUUAUUUCAAUUUGAAUUUCCAAAUUGUAAUGUUUCCCUUUGUGCUAUAGGAAUAGGAUUAAAUGGGGGAAGGCUAGGACUUGUAAGGCCUGUAUAUGGGGGGAGGGCAGAGAUGGAACAAUGAGGGUUGUGAUGAUAGUGAAUAGCAAAGAGUGAAUUCUGUGUGUUUUUGCUGUAGCACUGAAGUGAAGAGAUAUUAGCUUUGGCUGUUCACAAAAUAGAGCAUCAUGAUUUUCGGUGUUUGAGAGAAAAUUGAUGGAAAGAGUUUGCAGUACUUGACAUGUAUUUGCAUGCACAAAAUAAAAUUAUUUGUCCACCUUAAAA